UGUACACAUAUAUACACAGCCAGCUGCCGGACCUCAGACACAUCUGAUCCACCUGAGUCGUACGCCACACCAUGUUCAUCAGCUCGUGCUAAUAAGCGAUCCACCGACCGCUCUAUAAUACUCAAGACUGGAUUGCGGACACGAGGUUACUCUCAACGACUUCACGACUUCAAGCGCUUUUCAGAUGCGAUAGCACACACAUUACAAUCGCCCACUCGUUCAAAGCGCUUCGUGGCGCUGCUAGGCGGGAUGCACCGCUGGCCUUUCAGCGGAGGUUCUGGCUGGCCUCAGCAAACGGCACAGGAGUCUGUAGCUUCCCAGCAGCAGCAGCAGCAUCAGCGGAACACUCAUCAGUUCCAUCAGAAUCAACUUGAACAUGUCACGCCGGCAGCAAUUCCAAAUCGACAGCCUGCUUCAGGAUGGCCCACUUCGGAGCAUGCAGAGGUUGAUCGAUUUAAUCAGUUUCAGAUGGCACCUGGCUCCUCUCAGACUUCAGCCCAACUGCAGCUUCCCGGGCUGCCGGCUCAAUCGCCCUCCUUUCAUCAGCAUCAAUCACAUCAUCAAUUUCAGCAGAACCUGCCUCUGCGGGGCAGCUCGCCUUCUGCACAGCCUGCUCAGUCAUCACGAAUGCCCCAUACUCCGAAUGUGCAAGCACGAGAACAUUCCAAUCCUGCAACGCAACAAUUUCCAGGCAGACAUCAUGGAUCUCAGAACUUUACGUCGGCCCCUUGGAGCUCAUCACCUGCUGCCAAUCAAGCUCCGCUCGCCAACGGAGCGACCGACUUCCCCUCAUCUACUUUCUACCGACCAGACAACAGCUGGAUUGUCUCACCCUCGAACCCCACUUCCCUUGCGCCAGGCACCCUGCCUUCUUCCUCGAACCUGCGUCCGCAGGCUCAUCAGCCCCGCUCUAGCGCAUUUAGCCAGCCUUCCUUUCCGUCUCAUCCACAUGCCCACCUGAUCCCUCCCACACCAUCCUCGAGCCAGCUCUCACCAGACUGGCCUCAAGGGCACGGCUAUCAAGCCAUGUCACAGCCACCCACCACGCACACGACGCCUCAGUCAAGCAUUGCAGGUCCUCCUGGAGCACGUUUGCAGCCAGUCAUAUCCCAGCAUACACAACAAAUCCCACAGACGACCCACAAGAAUGGCCAGCUUUCUCGCUCGGAUCCGUUAGCAUCGCUGUAUGCGCUUGGCUUGUCGCCUCCAUACAAUGCGAAUGCUGCGCAGGGUCCUUUCAAUGCGUCUCGGGCUGUUCCUGGGCCCUCGCAGCAGCAAGCAACAGCGCAGAAGAACAACCUGGCCCAAUCGCAAGGAUCUUCUUCCGAGACGAUCUCGCGGCAAGGCAAUCUCGAGACAGCGUUCAGUCCGCCAAUGACUCCUUCUUUCAAAGCGUUUUCUCCUGCAGCCCCUAAAUCGCACGGACACAACCCUUCGAGCGGAAGCAGCGGUCAGCUAUAUACUCCUCACGCCGGGCCUGCAAUCGAAGCUCAAAGAAGCCAUGGAGAGCCUUCAGUCCCUCCACCUGCGGCAUAUCGCUCUUCGCUCUCAGAUGCCCUCACGUUCUCGCCCCCAAAGAGCCACGCGCACCCGUCACAAUCUCAAAGAAUCGAUCCUCGGGAUCAAGCGCAGUAUGCGAAAGCUAUGCCGCCCCAGCCAAGUCCCUCGUGGAGACCUGCUUCCCAAGACCCUCGACUUAGCCAGGCAGCCGCAUCACAUCAAGUCAAUCAAAUGAGGCCAGCAUCAGGACAGGGGCGACCACAGGAGCAGUAUGCAGACAAUAGCCAUAUUUCUUCCUCGCAGACCUCGAUUCCACAUCAGCAGGGCUUUGGCUCUGGCUCGGUGGCUUUUGGACCAGGGCUCUUUUCGGGUGCAUGGAACGCAGGUCACACUGUUCCGCCUAGUACUCCACCCAGAUCACAUCCUCCACCUGGCAUCCUAAUGGAAUCACCAGACCCUCUGAAUGUGCUUUCGCCAGCGUCGGGCCUGCGCAGCGGCGUUCCAUCUGCCAGUCGGCUGCCGUCGCACUUGAUGCACAGCAACGACGGCAGUCCGUUAGCCUUGCAGCAGAGCGGGACUAAUUUGUGGGGCCAGAGCCCUUCCAAACCUCCCAAACAUCCUUUCAACGACGGCAGCGCUGAAGUCGUCGUAGACCGCAAAUUCAAGGACAAGAACAGGCCGCCUAAGCCCAAGGUUGCUCAAGUGAGAACGCCGAGUCCUGGCAAGAAGUCAGGUGCUGUGGUUCGCUCGCCAAUGAAGCGUCAGGAGAUCUACGUCGAUGUCCCAUCGCUGCCGUCCGGCACAUGGCCGCGUGAACGCUCGGCAGGACUCGCCACGCCGCGUAGCCAAGAGACUCCUUCGAACGUGGUCGUGUCAGGCCCUGUUGAUCAGAAAUCGCGCUUCAAGGUCGGCAGUCCACUUGGAGCUGCAGCAGACUAUGAUGAUGACCAGGAAUACGAUGAUCAGUGGGACUCGGCAGAUGCCGAGGGCAGCGAUUACGAAAGCGACGAUGUGGAUCUCAUCUUGACCUCUAGCUCCGGGCAGAACAAGACGCCUUCGACGUCGGCUAGCCGGGGUCGGCGUCACGGGACCAUGGUGCGAAUUAGUGGAGGGCUUGUGAAAAGUGCGACAAGACGAGCCCCCACUCAGAGAUUAAGCGACUUGAUGGAAGACUUGUUCGAAGCUGACGACAGUCUGCCAGAUCGCAGCGAUCUCGCGAACAUGGAUUCGAGCACCCACCUGCCGCCGCCAAGCGACCAAUUCUUCGAACUUCAAAUGGGCACUGGUGUGCCCAAGUCGAGCGUGCUGCGCGAUCUGCAACGCGCCAUCCGCGCUGCUGCGAGGAUUCGCGUGCCGUCGGCUGGUGGUAGAGCAGCCAGCGCCUCGCCAGAAAAGCAACAAAUCCCUGGCGCACCUGCCAGACUAUCUGACCUUGAUCCUCAGCGACUGGGCCGCUUGCUGAGGAUUGUGGAGCGCGCAGUCCGUAUUGCUGAGAAUGUGGAGGUGCUACCUGUCAUGGAUGCUUCUUCAGCGGUAGCUUCCAGAGCGAAAGCCAAGACAAAGCGCAAAGCGAACGGACAAGGCAAGGCGCGGGGCGCGAACAAAAGAGCCAGAGGCUCUUCGGGAUCGGCAUCUAGAUCACCGGCAAGGGACAGCGAUGCCACUCCUCCUCUUGAGGAGGAAGACCAGGACGCACAUCAUAAUCAGCGUGCGAGCGGCGGAUUCGAUAGAGGCGAUGCAUCAGCCUCUAUGCCUGGGCGCUCUCCCAGCGCAGCGGCCAGCUCGUUGGGCACCCCACCUUUAGAUGACGACCCUGUCACUCAACAACUCGCUCUGAGCGGCAGGAUCAACCUCAUCACGUAUGGCGUUUUAGCAGCGGACUGCUGUCUCACCAUCUUGACAGGUGAUGAACUACCCAAACACUUGGCCUCGGAAGACAUCGUGCGACCAGCCUUCGAUGCCAUCAAACAUUCGCUCGAGCGAGCCAUCUUGCCUUUUAUCGAAGCAUGCGCUGGCGGAGGAAGCAACGCUGUCCAUCCUCUGCUGCAUCUACUCGUCCACGACCUUGCGCCCACCGCUGCGAAAAAGGGUCGGACUAAAGCAUCGACCAAGUCUGGCAAGCACGUUGCGGAUCCGGCCGAAUCUGGCAGAAAUCCUGGCGCCCAGGCUUGUGCGGAUGCUUUUGCUCGAUUAUUCAAAAGUACUUGCAGCGCUCUUGGUCAAAUUCAGCGACUGGUCAAGCUGCAGAACAUGGCCUUAUCUGAGUCUCUUGUCAUCAGCGCCGUCUAUGCUGGCAUUCAACCCUUCUUCGUGCUGGAGCCCGAGUCUGGAGGUUUGUCGGAGGGCAAGUCAGAAGCUGCAAAAGGCGCUGCAAGAGGACGACAAGCGAUGACUGUACUUGGAGCAGGCUUGGGAGCCAUGCGGAGUCUCAGACUGCCUUGCCUAAAUCUGCUGCGAAACGUCUUUGCCAGGCAUCAGGACAUGCGGCAGUGGAUCGUCGAGGAGAUUUUGACAAGCCUAAUUAAAUUACCCGACAUGCGCAAGUCUCGUCGACAACACGCAUUGCGCACCGGCAAAUCGAUCCACUCAGUCACUGCGCUACUUCUUCAACUGAUCCAAGCCGCCUCGCAGGGGCGGGCUGUCGCUUUCCAAAGCUCAAUUUUUGGCAGUAGGCAAAGUGCUCAUCCAGACUCGCGGAGCGCCAAUCAAAACUUAUCAGAUGAGGAGAGGGACGAGGACGGCGUGCGUCUCGAGAUAGGGCAAUGGAGCCGAGCACUCGAUGGAGCGAAGCAGGCUGCGAGAGAGGUUGCCGCGUAUCUGAUGCAGAGAGUGAACUCUAGUGGCAAAGUGGUCAAGACUGGCUCAGACAACAGCUACGCGGCCAUCGUCGAGAACCUCGUCAACGAUCUUCUUGCUACUCUUUUCCUUCCAGAAUGGCCAGCAGCUGGACUCUUGUUGACCAGUCUGUGUCGAAGCUUCAUCGCAAGUCUGGACGAUCCAAAGUCCACUCCAGACGCUCGCGGCGUCGCGCUUGACCAAAUCGGGCCGGUCGCUGCGCGUCUGCAGGAAAUUCAGCUGCGCAUCAAGUUCUCCGGCAAGAGUGAGCACGGACAUCAACAGACACGCGCGAUUCCAACCAUCCUAGAGAUCGAAAGGUCGCUACACGAAGGUCAGCUUGAUCUUCUCAACGGCGCGUACGCUGCUGUCUUGGAACAUCUCGCAGCUGCUGAAUCGGACGAUCAAGCCGCAGAAACCGCGAGCGAAUUCACCCUUUCGCAGUGGGGCUGCGAACUUGCCGCCGCUCUCGUGCGUGCUUCGGAUGCUUGCGAUGCAGCUGAGCGAGAGCACGAAGAGGAAGGUGAAGACCCGGCUGGAGAUGGCAUCGUGAUCGAAAUUGGACGCAGCGCACGACGUCUAGAACGCAUCCAGACCUUCAUCAGCGCCCUAGCGCGAUCUUUGACGAACGUCGGCGAGAGAGCCGGCAGUCGCCUCAUCACACAAGGCAACGUCUUUGAAACGCGCUCAGAAGAGGACUACCGCGCCAUCUUGCUGGUUUGUGAGGAAGUAGGAGCAUCGAGUGCCUUUAUGGUCACGCAGGAGUAUCUCGUGCGCAGUCUCAUCACAGCGCUCGACGGGCAAGCUGUUGGCAAUCGAACGCGGGCUCUUCGGAGUCUGGGCCGUAGCGCAGUCGUCGAUGAUAAUUUGUUGGAUGACGUCGACAUUAGAGCGGCGAUUGAGACGCGCUUGUACGACGAAAGCGCUAGUGUCCGCGAGGCCGCACUCGCUCUGCUUGGGCGAUAUGCUUUGCGGCUGCCCGAACGCCUCGAGUCUCAGUACCCUGUACUGUGCGAACGAGUCAAUGAUGCCGGACUUUCCGUUCGUAAGCGGGCUUUGCGAUUGCUAGCAAGCAUCUAUGCCACCUCGCGCAUACAAUCAACACGGAUCGACGCCUGCGUACGGAUUGUGCGCUGCGUCUUUGACGAAGACAAUGGGAUGCAAGAACUUGCCGUCGGCACCAUCGGAUCGCUCUGGCUCAACCUUGCCGCUCCUUCUGAAGGCAAACCUGGAAGACCGAAGUCAGGCGCAGCACUUUUAAGCUCGAAGCCAGAGGAGGAAGAUGUUGCUGAGGCCAUCAUCGACGACGCAGAUGAUGCCGCGGUAUUCGUCUCGGACACUAGCUUUGAGGGUAAGAUACAGACUCUCAUUGCGGUGGCUGGUUUGAUCCGUGAGAAGCCAUCUCCGCUUGAAGCUGUUUUGGAGCGCAUCAUGUCACGUUGUGAGCCAGCGCAAGCCCCUGCUCUACUAGCACGUCUCCGAGAACUUAGCGACGCCAUGGUGGACAGUCUGGUAGACGCGCACGAGCUUCAAGCUAAGGACGUUGUUGAGCGCAUCCGCACGGUGCACUUGCUUGCUUCUACCAAUCCGAGCAUCAUCACCAUAGCGAAGGCGCGCGCGCUGCAGCCCUUUCUCAAGAGCGCUUCUACGCCAGAGGACUAUACCAUCAUGGAAUAUCUGCUUCGCAUAUUCCGCGCCUGCCUGCCGCACAUGCCGAAGACUGCAUUGUCGUUUGCAGAAUCCCUUGAGCAGACUAUGACUCCGCUAGUCAGCAAGCCACCGGCGAAACCUGCUGCGCCAGUUCUGCAAGAAUUGAUCGCUGCAUACUGCACGGUCAUCAAGACGCACACGCAUCACUAUCAGUACCUGAUCAAAACGCUGAGACUGUGCUUGCACCGCCUUCGAGCAGUACGCAACACGUUGGCGGCAAAUCCGGACACCAAGCCGGAUGCUACAGCUCGAUUGUUGAUGUCGAUGAUAGCGCUGUUGUGCGAGCACGCCGACUUCGAUAAGAUUGCAAGUGAGGAUGAAGACCGAAAGCAUGACUUGCGCGCGCUUUGCGGCGAAAAGUCAGUCGUAGAAGAAGUCUUUGCCCUCGUACUUGGUCUGUAUCAAGCGUCGCCAGAUCGGGCCUUUCAGACGACCGCGUUGCAAAGCUUGGGCUUCAUGUUCCGAGCGCAUCCGGGUCUCAUUACGAAAGACUCGACUCGCAAGAUUAUGUCGAGAGUCUUCCGUGAUGGCGACGCUGGCGAGCGAGAUCUGUUGCUACGCAUCGUCCGCGAGUUCUUGACCAGCGAACAGAGGCGAAGCUCACCAGAGGCCGCCAACGCGAAGAACCGUGCGAGCUUGUCAAAUUCGGCGACGCUCAUUGCAACACCGCAAAAGGUGGAGAUGAAUGAACUAAUCGGCAACACGGAAACCUUCGCCGACACCGGUGUAAGCGCUGCACUCAUCCAAGCCUAUUUGUCAAACUUCCUCGAGGCUGCAAGAGACGUCUACAAUCCAUCCAUUCAACGGACGGGCAUGGACAUCCUCAAGUUCACCGUGCACCAAGGUGUAUCCCAUCCGCUGCAGUGCGUUCCGACGCUCAUUGCUCUGGAAACUGUGCCAGACACCUCCAUCUCUGCCAAAGCUCUUGCACUGCACGACUAUCUUUCGUCGAAGCACGCCUCGAUAUUGGCAGCUCGGUAUCUGGACUUCGCGAAAGAGUCUUUCGACUAUCAGACUGUGCUGCAGAGCAAUGGACCGGUCCGGGGUCAUCGCUUUCUGGAGCGAAGCGAGACUCCGGUAGCUGCUCUGCGAGGAUGGUACUCCCUGCUGCGGGAUAAGCGCAACACGCGCCUUGACUUCCUGCGUGCCGUCGUCAAAGCUCUGGACGUCAACACUGCAUCGGGAAGGUGCUCGGGAGGCGAAGUGCUCUUCGCUCGGUACAUUGCCGAGAACCUUGCCGCUCUCGAGUACAAGACACUGGAGGAGGUGUUUAGCGUGAUCGGCUUUCUGCGCACUAUACUCAGCGUUACGGGCAUGAUGAUUCACUCGCAGGUCGAAGACGAGCUCAACCGUGAAGAUUCUGGGGACGAAGAGGAUUUCAGCGAAGACGCUGAUGCGAUCGAAGUUGAUGAGAUGACCAGCGAAGGCCCUCAAAAUCAAGGAAACCCGGCCGAUUUUCUCGACGGUCACAGUCAAGCCCUCUCCUCCGAAUUGUCAUCUGUCGGAGACUUCUCGCAGCUUGUGGAUCUUUCUCAGCCUCGAGCGUCGACGCGAAGCGGACAAAGGCGCAAGGGUGGCACGCUCGCGACCUCCCGCGCAGCUCUCGUAAUGGGCGUUGCGCUACUGCUCCGGAACCACCUGAAACGUUUGUACAAUCUUUCUGAAGAGAAAUGCAAGAAUUGGCAGCCCAACAAGCGCCAGUCGAGCGGAGCCGAUCGCCCAGCCACGCGCAAGCUCGACGGGCGCUUGGUAGCGCUCAAUCUUGAGGCGCUUCAAGGAGCGGUGCCCCUUUCUGCUAAGAGCGUCGAACCUUUCGUGCCAGCAGUGGAUGAGAAUAUGCCCAAUGAUGACAUGGAAACGCCUCCUCCGACCCAACAAAGCCGCAAACAAGUGGCACUGGUUCAGAUGGCCAGCUUCGAGCAGCUUGUCCGCGAGGAAGGCACGCUGGAUGAGCCCGACGAUAAGGACGACGAUUGGAUGUAGAGAAAGGGAAGGGCCAAAGGGGGGGGCCAGAGACUGCAAAGACGUGGCGUUCCGAUCCAUGACAGGCAAAUCACCACAUUUUGAAAUGUACACUACGCAUAA